AUGCAAGCUACAGAUUCAUACGCAGAUCAGAGUGAAGAAGGAGUAGAAGAGAUGCCAGCGUCUUUUAUCCUGAGUAACUCACCUCAGUUUUGCCGCGUCUUGAAACAAAUGAGUGAUGCUGAAGACAGGAAGGCUUGCAGUGGAAUGGCGAAAAAUGCGACCAACAUGUGGAAGUCCAUGCCGGCAAUUAAGGUCACUUGCUUUGAUGAUGAACCCUACAAUGAACAAAUGUUAAAAACGCUGGAAAAUACGUCUGUAACAGUACAAAUGGACGACACAGGCACAACACCGGAACAAGGAAAUUUAACCACACAGGAAAAAAACGAAAAAGAUAGCUCUUCAGAGGCAAAAGACAUCAACGAGGAUAGCAAGUCUAUAGUCACUUCUUAUGGGACAGAGAAUUCUCCUGUAGAUGGCAAUAAUAAAGGAGGUAACUGUGUGAAAAUCAAGAACGUGCAGUUACCGAGAAGGUGCUCGAAAGGGUUUGUAAUUUCCUCGCAAAAUUCAGGCAGAAUAAUUACCUCAACAAAGAAGGAAAACAACGACUCCGUAACAAAGACAGAAAGCUCACGUCAAAAUUAUUCAACUGGUGUCCGAGAUAAGUUGCCAGGCUCCGAAGAGAAAAGCACGAUAAAAUCUUCCCUGAAUUCGAAUACAUCUUGCCAUGCCGAGAACGCGCCGACAAGUCCUUCUUCUCAUAGACGAAGAUUUUCAACUGGUGCUUUUUCAGGAUACAAUAGAAACUCUGAUGAACUUAACAAUACUGAACUGAAGAAUCGAAAACUGAGUUCAGGCGUUUUAUCGAACGGUUCUCGCUCACAAAAAUUGGGUGACAGAAAACAGGUCACAGUGAAUGUUAAAAAGAAGUCUGAGAGAAUUGAUUUGUCAUUCAAGAUCGAUUCUACUGAAGAGGGGCAGGCAAAUCAGUUUAGAAGACGUUCGUCAACAUACGGCGGUCAAACUAAAAACCAGGGAAGUCGUAGCACUAUUGAAAAGAGUUCACCUAACGAUGAAAAAUCAGUCAGAAGAAAAUUUUCGGAACAACAGUUAACAUCUGACGGACUUCCUCGAACAUCUGACGAAGGCCUCCGGGGUUUUAAAGAGCACUUGUUUGGUAAUGUUGGUGCUUUUCCUAGAGGGGUUUUGCAAACGCAAGAGUUGAACAAGUCUCUUGGACUAUCGGAGAAAAGGUUACCUUUGGUGAAUAAUAGGAAGGCUGCUCCAGGUGACGAAAAUCACAGUGUACAAGUGAGCACCUCUCGAGACUCUUCAUCCUUAAAUUUGCAACGUAAAUCUGUGAAUGACAGUGAAGAAAACCGUCAGUUGCCAUACAUGUCAACAGCGGAUGUAACGCAACGUUUGAAUCUUUCCCCUCCACGCGAGCGCAGAGUUGGUAUUUCCAAACCACUGCCACAUAAAAGAUUAUCCCAAUUGGAUUUAAGUACAAACCAAAGUCUGAGCAAGUCUGAAACCGAUAUGCGCAGCAUCUCUUCAGACGAUGAUGAUCUUGAAAAAUCGAAACGAAUCAGCAUUCCGACCUCCCCACGGGAGCGUCGUCGACUUAGUGAUACUAAUUCAAGGGACGCCAGAAAAUCUCUCAGUGUAGGUGGUAAAUUAUCAUUGAGCAAGUCAGAGACUGAUCUUUGUAAGGUGGUGUCUGACGAAGAGCGCGUAGACGCGAAAAGAGCUUGUCUUUCAUCUCCACUUCGCGUGCGUAGAGCAAGCAGUCCCAAACCGCCCACCACCCUAGACAUGACAGGCGCUGCGUCGAGUCCUUUGUCUCCCAGAUUGGAACGUAAAAUUUAUUUAGCGGCAGCCAAAACUGAGGCGCGCCUUCCAGCGAGAGCAAAAAGCCGAAGUGACCUGCAGGCCUCGUCUCAGUUCAUUAUUGAUCAAGCUGAGAAGGAGCUGGAUAAACUCGGUGAAAGUUUGCCUCACGUCUCGAUGGAAGAAGUCAUGAAAAGCUGGCAUACGGACCACAAGCACUGGAAUGUGGUUUCAAGUUUAGUGAACCCACACAGUACACAUAACGCUUCUACCACCGACAUGGACUCGGUAAAAAACUGUAGAUACAUUAGAGAAGGAAGGUCGAUGAAGAAAAAACUUUCCAAUUGA